CGCUGUGCACACAUCACUGGGUCUCGUGAAGCUUGUUCAUUCAUUAGUCAGUCGCGCUUUAUAUAUCAUUAAGUGAUUUUCCUCCUCUCGGUUCAUUUCUUUUAUUCGUUUAUUCACUUAUUCAUUCAUUCGUUCACUUUUUCUCGGCAAAGAACGAGUUAUGGACGCGGCCUUUUGUUGCAACUACCUAAAGCGAUUUCUCAGAGGAAUGAAGAGGAAGCAAGCAGUCCUGGCGCUGGUCAUGGCAACUGUGGUCGCCAUAAUCCUCGUCACGGCAACCUUACCCUCGGCGCCGGUGGCUGCUGACGACUACGAAAAAUUCUCCUACAGAUUCGUCCGCUUGUAUAGCCAAGUGAACCUCACCGACGCCACAGUGAACCCCAUCCCAAGCCUUGUCACGUGGCGGUAUGACCUGUCACACAGAGUCAUAUGCAACGGCACUGAACCUUUCAUGCUGAAUAUGGUGCCGUCCGCCAUCCCAAACUUCAAGCAGAGGACUUAUAUAAGGAACACGUGGGCAGACAAAGCACUAUAUCCCUACACCAGGAUGAGGACAGUAUUCGUGUUGGGCAAAACGCUAAAUGCAACACUGCAAGUUUUGGUCGAGAAAGAGAUGCAGACAUACGAUGACAUCAUACAAAGCAACUUUAUUGAUUCUUACAGGAAUCUCACUUACAAGACGAUGUCCUGGCUCUCGUGGGUGCGAGACUGGUGCCCGGAAGUGCCCUUUGUGGUCAAGACGGACGACGACGUCCUGGUGAACCCGUUCCACCUCAAGAAGUACCUGGCCAACGAGCUCGAGAAAAACGCGGCCCCGAGCGACAUCUACGGGAGAGUCCGGGCCAAGAACAAGCCCAUGAGGAAGGGCAAGUGGAACGUGACGAAGGAGGAGUACAAACUGGACUACUACCCGCCGUUCGUGCUCGGCCCCGCCUACGUCGUGAGUGGCAACGCCGUGGACCGCCUCCUGCAGUACGCCGCGCACACGCCCUUCCUGUGGCUCGAGGACGUGUACAUGACCGGCCUCGUAGCCGCGGCCGCCGGCGUCAACCGCGUCCAGGCCGAGAGGACGCUCUACACCAAGAAGCUGAGCAGACAGCUCUAUUCGAGCCAGGUCGCGUUCCUCCUCGGGGCCGACGACAAGCGGAAGAAGCUGGCCUGGAGCGCCAUCGUCAAGAACUCGCCCGUGAGGUUCGCCAGCCGAAGAAAACGGAGAUGAGCUGAGGAGGCGCGAGGGGUAGCUUUUCUAAAGGAUUUUUUAUGCUAUGAUGCUGAUUUAUUUAUUAUUGUGGACGUAUGUUAGUGUUUUUUAUGCCAUUUGUCCAAUAAAGUAAUUUUCGAAAUAC